AGAGAAGGAUCUGGCAUAUGGUGAAAUAGUGAUGAUGCUCAAGAUUUGCUUGGCUGAGACCUUUAAUCUUCCAUUCCAUUCCAUUUCCAAGGCCAACCAAACAAUCUCACCUUUUUCUAUGCACUUAGUGACCCACCACACCCUCAACUCAACAACUUCAUCAACUUUUUCUAGUUCUACUUCUACUGUACUCUAUACUGUUACUAAUUUGUUCUCAUACAACACCUGUAUUCUCUUAAGCAGUGUUGGAUAGUACAACACUUGGAACAGUAUCCGUAGUUCCUAUUGUGUUGUGUAUCUUAGCUCCAAAAUCUAUGUGCAUGAAGUGGGCAUCAUCAUUACCAUAAUUCACAACCCUCCCAAUUCUCUCUCUCACUCUCUCCCCUUAAAAAAAGCAGAUUACUUUGCCUGAUAUUCCGUGCAAUUUUUCUUUGGAAUUUGACUUUGCAAUCCCACGAAAACCAAAUCUUUAUUAUACAAAAUAACAAUACCAUAUGGCAAAGGAGCAAAAACAGGGCAAAGGCCAAGAGAAGGAAUUGGAACUCCAAAGGGAAGAAACUGAGGUUGAGAUUGAGGUUCCAUUGCCUCUCACAGAGACUUCACGGGUUUUGUAUAUGUUGGGAGAUAUCACUGCUGGGCCUGCGUUUAGGUUCACGCAAUGGCUCCAAUUGGUUCGUAAACGCACUGCUAAGUAUCGUUCCUCUGGCUUCCCACACCGCAUUUCCUCCACUAUGCCUUCCACUUCUUGCAUCAGAGAAUCUAUUGAGGAUCCAAAAGAGGACCUUCACCCUGAUCAAACAGAAAUUAGCUUGUGGGAGAGGCUUGGGAAAGCUGCAAUGUUGGAUAUUGAAUCGAGCUCCUUUUCUUGGAACAUGCUCUCUUCACUGCACCAUACUGAACACAGCAGUAGCAAUGAACAUUCUGAGGAUGAGAUGAACAAAGCUCUUGAGGUAACAGUAAAUUCUGGAGGGGUUGUCUUCUUUGUCUUUUUCAAUUUCCCUGGGAAUGCUGACGCUAGUCCAAAAGAAGCAGCAGCUGUUAUAAAGAUAUCGUCAUCAAGAAUGGCAACACAGUCUGAACGUCUUGGUUAUGAAUUUGCCAAGUGGAUGGGAGUCCAAACUCCACAGGGUAGAGUCAUUCACAACACAAGUUUAGAAUGGCAACAAAUAAAGGAAGCUGCAGAAAAAGCUAGAGAAGCAGCAAAUUUUGAAGGUGAUGAACUUGGUGAAGUGACUUGUUUCGAACUUUUGGAAGCACUCGAGCUCAGCCGAUGUCUAUUUUUUAUGAGUUAUGUACAUGGUUCACCUUUGCUUGAAAACUCCAGCGCAUUUGAACGGGAAUCUGCAGAUAGAACAUCAGCAGAUCUUGGCAGGGUACUAAUGCUGGACCUUGUCAUCAGAAAUGAAGAUAGGCUUCCUUGCCGUGAGCUCAGAUGGCGUGGGAAUCCUGCAAAUUUGUUGUUAGCUGAAAAGGCGAUCUCUGGAAAUACUGAUACACUUGAAACAGCUUUUGAUUCAGCAAUUAAUCGAUAUAGACCGAAGGUGAUUAGAGCACUUCAAAAAGAAAGAAGGUCAACUUCAGUAGAUAGCAGAUUCAAUUCUCAUAAUCCCAGUUUGAUAUCACAAUCCUAUGAUAUUUCAGAGAUAACAGAAUCACCAAGAUCUGCUGACACAAGCAUUAAAAGCCAAACAUCAGGAGAAUCACAGUCUCCUGACUUUAACAUUGUAGCCAUUGAUUCUGGCGUUCCUCGGCGACCCCCUGCUGGAAAACGUGCAAAUGAUCAGGUCAAUUACCCUAAGUUGGUUGAGUUGCUGAUCAAUAGUUCUGAGUAUGCCUCAAACCUGUUAUAUGAUAUAACUGGAGGGAAAUUAGGAUAUCCUCCACCAGGAGCCAUGGAUACAACUGAUGUACAUGCAAGUGAAACAACUUCAGUAGUUCAUGCAUUCCGUACUGGUUUCCGUUCUGCUCUUAGGGAUCUGCAGGGAUUCCAUAUAUUCCUACUCACACUUCACCAAAGACUUGAUACUUUGUUACGAUCAUUUAUGAACAUUAUAAGCAAAAUAUCUUUGGGGGAAUCUGACAAAGAGGAUUAUGUGGUUCCAGACUCACCUUCACUUGCUGCUGGCGGUACUUCCUCUCCAACAAGUAAGGAGAGGCCUGCUACUGACAGUCAUCAAGAUUUUAUUGAUUCAGAAUCUCAGAGAACUGCUUCAAGGGCAUCACCUUCAAGCAAUAGAGAUUGCAAUGACUCUACUCCCAUGUCAAGAGAAAGUUGGCAUGGAAAGUUCUAUAAAGGAAAUGGGGAACCACUUCGUAGUCUCCGCUUGACAGCUAAGCUCCGUGACUUCCAUAAAUUUGCCAAGGUUGAUGCUGAAUCUAAUAAAGAAUUGGAACAGUGGAAUGAAAUGCUUAAAAGUGAUGUCAUCAAGCUAUGCCAGGAGAACAAUUUCAAUGCAGGAUUUUUUGAGGGUAGUGAUAACAACAGUGUUGUUGAUGCAUAUGAACUUAAGGUUAGACUUGAGCAUAUCCUUGAGAGAAUCGCAUUGAUAUCUGAUGCUGCAAGUACGGAGAGACCAUCUGCAGUUACAAGUUGUCUGUUCAUUGGUGGAGCACUGGCUGCAAGAUCUGUAUACACACUACAAUACCUGGGAAUCACACAUAUUUUGUGUUUGUGUACCAAUGAAAUUGGACAGUCAGAAUCUCAGUUUCCUGAUCUAUUUGAGUACAAGAAUUUCUCUGUGUGUGACAGUGAAGAAUUUAAUAUCAGCACCGUAUUUGAAGAAGCAUGUGACUUUCUAGAUUAUGUUGAGCAAACAGGUCAAAAAGUUUUAGUUCAUUGCUUUGAGGGGAGAAGCAGAAGUGUCACACUGGUCCUUGCUUACUUAAUGCUCCGGAAGAAGUAUACUUUGUCGGAAGCAUGGCAAGCAAUUAAACGAGUUCACCGUCGAGCACAACCCAAUGACGGUUUUGCAAAGAUCUUAUUGGAACUCGAUAAGAACUUGUAUGGGAAGGUUUCAAUGGAAUGGCAGCAGCGGAGACCAACAAUGAAAGUUUGCCCCAUCUGUGGGAAGAAUGCUGGACUGAGCAGCAGUUCACUCAAGCUACAUCUUCAGAAAUCACAUAGAAAGCUAUCAUCUGGGAGUGUAGAUAGUGCCAUGACAAUGGAGAUCCAAAAAGCAUUAACAGCUUUGAAGAUUAGUCGCAGUGGGAGUGUCAGUCCCACACAAAGGUCUUCUCAUUCAAUAAUAGAUGAAUAGAAACAACAAUUUCAUAUGUUUUUCACUGCCAAGGUUAGAAAUUGAUGGGGGUAAAAAUCCAGCAGUCAAUAUUGCCCAAAGUGUGUUUUCUUUAGUUUUUCUUCUACAUCAAUAGAAUUAGGUUCGGAAGUGGGUCUAAGAGCUGUCCCAUUAAAUAUGUUCAUUUAGAGUUGCGAAUUGUCAUAAUCAAGUUUUUCCAC